CUGUUCUCGAAGUGUUUCGAAAAAGAUGGUCGCAACAUUUGUAUCAAAAGCGGGUGAUAUUGCAACAAUUCCUCUUAAUGAGCAAAGAACUGUUACUGCGGAUUGGUAUACCUCUAUUUAUUUGCCAAAAGUCAUCACCGAGCUUCGAAAAAUCAACCCCGAAAGAAGAAUCAUCCUCCACCAAGACAAUGCAAGCUCGCACACAGCCCAAAGAACAAGGCAGUAUUUAACGGAAGAAAACGUGGAAUUAUUGGACCAUCCUCCAUAUAGUCCCGAUCUAAGUCCUAACGAUUUCUUUACUUCACCGAAAAUUAAAAACAGACUGCGUGGUCAAAGGUUCCAGUCACCAGAAGAAGUAGUUGACGCAUUCAAAAAUGCCGUUUUGGAUCUGCCAGGAAACGAGUGGAAUAAGUGCUUCGAAAAUUGGUUCGAGCGCAUGCAGAUGUGUAUUAAUCUUCGUGGAGAAUACUUCGAAAAACAAUAAA